AUUUAAUUGAGACUUUUAUUCAACAAUCCAGUUAUCGAACUCAAGAGUGAAUUACAAUUUGCAUAUAGGAAUAUUCGUUGUGUCUAUUUAUAACAUUUCGCACAUUGUGUUAUAUUUUUCGAUGUUCCCUCAUCUGGAAUUACAAAUUAGUACUCAAAAAGAUUUCAUUUAACAUCUGCGCCUUCUCUAUUCAUUAAAAUUCUCUGCUUAUAUAGUAGAUCUUGAACAAAACUUCGCCUCAAAAACAUUCUGUCAACUACGAAAUCGCUGCCUAGUUGAUUCUGGCAAUUUAUCGUCGAUUCGAUUUUGUUCUAUCAUCCGUGGUCUUCACAAUAUUAACGAUUUUAUGGAGACAUUGGUGUUAAACUAUAAAAUUUUUGGAUACCACGAUGAAAAUAAUCCUAUACCAAACCUAAAAUCCCAAAAUUGCUUACAGUUCCCUCAGACGCUCUACGUUACAAAAGCAGAAAUUUUUGUGAAAUAAUAUAAAAGUAUAUUUAUAGCAGACAAUGACAACUCCUAAAGUGAUGCGUAUCAUGGCUUUGUCCAUCAACACUGCGAUCCGUGCAGGCUCAAUCAUUCGAGAAGUGAUGCAUCGCGGCAAUCUAGGUAUUGUGGAGAAAGAGGGCAAAGACGACUUACAAACAGAGGCCGACCGAUCAGCUCAACAAUGUAUUAUUGCUUCUCUAUCGAGAAAAUUUCCUAAUAUUACAAUCAUUGGUGAGGAGGGCGACUCAAACUUAAAUGUCAAAGGGGAGUGGUUGGUAACAGAGGAAAGCGAAGAAUUCCUUACACGUAAUUGCCCAGAGGAAUUGCUUGAGAUUAAAGAGGAGGAAUUCGUGAUAUGGGUUGAUCCUUUAGACGGCACAUCAGAAUACACUAAAGGUUUAUUAGAGCAUGUCACGGUGCUAAUUGGGAUAGCAAUUAAAGAUCGUGCUAUUGGGGGCGUCAUUUAUCAACCCUACUACAAACACUCUAAUGGCGAUAUAGGCAGAACUAUAUGGGGCCUUAAAGGAUUAGGCACAGGGGGAUUUGAACAUAUAAGUCCACCCAAAGGGCAAAUGAUUAUUACGACUACACGUUCACAUUUAACACCACUGGUACAACAAGCAUUAGAUGCUCUUUCACCAACCAAAGUAAUUAAAGUUGGGGGCGCUGGUUACAAAGUAUUACAAUUACUUGAAGGCAAGGCACACGCAUAUGUAUUUGCUAGUCCGGGUUGCAAACGGUGGGACACUUGUGCACCGGAAGCGGUAUUAGAAGCAUACGGCGGCACCCUUACCGACUUAACAGGCGUUCACUACUCAUAUGCAGCUGAUGUAGAUUAUAAAAAUCGGAUGGGUGUCUUAGCAACAAUUCCUGAAAUAUCACAUUCCGAAAUCGCUCGCCAGGUACCUAGUGAUAUUAUAGCGACUUUGCGCGCAUAAAACAUUUUCUUUAUGAUGUCUUUAAGAAAAUAACUGCUAGUGUGUAUUUCCAUAUUACCCUAAGUACGUUUUCAGAAAGUGCUAUUUUUUUGAAAAUGUUUUGAAUCGGUUUAUAAUCACUUGAUAAAAAACAAUUGUAAUUGUUGUUAAUUUUUCGGAUUUCAUAGGUUUCACAUAAAAUAAAAUAAUUAAUAGCAAUUCAAAAUUCAGUUGAGUAAACUAAGUAAACAAAUCCGUUUUGUUUUUUUGGGCAUGGAAUACUAAUUAAAGCAUUAAAUAUAUAUGAUCUUAGCGCCAAAAUGUAAUUUACCUGAUUCCCUAUUUAUUUUCGUACUAUCGAUAUCCCAAAUACGGAAUUCGGAUGAAAUCACGAGUUGCUUUGCAACCAGAUUUUUCACGUGUUGGGAUGUGUUUAUGAUCAUUUUGUUUGCCCUGGCACUACCAUGGCAUAGAAAAACAACGAUCAAAAUCAAGUUCUCGGGAUAUGAAAUGUAUUUAUUUUUGAUUUCAUUGUUUUAAGAAAAACAGCGAUUUGAAAUAAAAAGGCUAAUACCCUAUAUAGUGAUAACUAUACGUAUUUGAAA